AUGGCCAGCCCGCCAAGAGACGCGGACCCAAGCCGGACUCCAAGCCCGCGCAAACUCGACGCCAGACAAGCACAGCGAACUCAUCGCGAACGUAAAGAAGCUUACCUCAGACAACUCGAAUCCGAAAUCACCCGACUUCGCGAAGCCUUCUCCAUAGUCACCAAGGAGAAAACCAUCUUAACAAACGAAAACGCAGAGUUAAAGAAGUAUCUAGCUCUUCACGGUCUCUCUUGGCCACCGGAUCCUUCUAUCGAUCCUACUUCUGCAUUAGCUCCUGCUCCUAUCCCCCCUCCUCCACCUGUAGCCUUAGGAUCAAUGCCUGGAAUUCCAGCAUCGUUAGUGGGUGCUCAACCACUUGCACAGUUGGUUACCGCCCCAUCCACUGGGCCUAGCUAUCUAUCUCCAACUGGACAAUAUGGACAACCGACUACCUCACCGAAUGUUAGCGGUGCUUUCGAUGCUAUCGGUAUCGACUUCGUGCUUGCAUUGGAGCGACCCUGCAUGGAGCAUAUCCAGAAACUUGUCCACGACUCAUUAGAAGAUCCCAAUGGUACUUCUAUCAGCGGUCACGCUCUGAUGGCGUCGUGUCCGCCGGAGUCGCAUAUGUUGGAUAAUCCGGAUAUUGAUUGGGGUUCUAGGACGUAUGAUUUACAGCCUAGCGAGUUGAAUAUGUUGUUGAAUUUUUCACCGAAGUUGGGAGUUUCGGGGGAGGUUACUCCUAUCAAUGCAUGGGCGAUCAUUCAGUCGCAUCCAAACUUUUUACAGUUGACAAGACAUGAUUUUGCGGCGAUUAAGAACGAAUUGGUGCCUAAGGUGAAGUGCUACGGAUUUGGCGCCGUCCUAGAAGAAUAUAUGGUCGAGGAUGCUUUAGAUGGAGUUUUCGCAGCAAAAUACGCCCUUGCGAACCAGAGAGUCAACAACUCGCACUAUAGCUUCUAA